AUGUCUCUGCCACUAGCUGUCAUAGUGGUCGUCUCUGUACUGGAGCUAGCAGCGACUCACGCCGGACCAGAGCUGGACCCCUACAAAACUUUGGGUGUCACUCGAGCUGCGAGUCAGGCUGAGAUUAAGAAAGUCUACAAACGUCUGGCUCGAGAAUGGCAUCCUGACAAAAACAAAAAUCCAGGAGCUGAGGAUAUGUUUAUCAGGAUUACCAAAUCAUAUGAGAUCCUAUCCAGCGAGGACAAACGCACCAACUACGACCGCUACGGGCAGACGGACGACACGCAGCCAUACGGCGGCGGACGCUACAGCGGCCACCGUCAUGACAACUUCAACUUUGAAGAGUCCUUCUUUAAUUUCCCCUUCAACAGCAGGACGCAGCGGGACUUCACUGAUAGCAAGUACUCGCUGCACUUUAACCAAUAUGUCAACGAGGUGGUACCCGACAGCUUCAAGAGACCGUACCUGAUCAAGAUCACCUCCGAUUGGUGCUUUAACUGCAUACACAUCGAGCCUGUGUGGAAAGAGGUGGUCCAGGAAAUGGAGGCGUUAGGUGUUGGAAUCGGCGUGGUGGACGUAGGCUACGAGAGGCGAUUAGCCAAUCACCUCGGCGCUCAUCGUACACCGUCUAUACUCGGAGUCAUCAAUGGCAAAGUGACAUUCUUCCAUUACGCGGUAGCAAAGGAGCAUCUGAUGCAAUUCGUGGAAGACAUUCUUCCACAGAGGCUCGUCGAAAGAGUGAGCGACAAGAACCACCAACAGUUCUUGAACAGUUGGCAUGAAGUCAACAAGCCGCACGUGCUGCUGUUUGACCAAGUGCCCGUCGUUCCCUUACUCUAUAAACUGACGGCUUUUGCGUACAAGGACUACAUGCAGUUUGGCUACGUAGACCAAGGCCUCGCGGAGACGAGCAAUCUACAGAGACAGUUUAAUAUCAACACUUACGCCCCGACCAUGCUGGUUUUCAAAGAGAACACGGACAACCCCGCUGACAUUAUACAGACUAAAGGAAUGAAAAAGCAGAUCAUCGACGAGUUCAUGUCCAAUAAUAAAUUUCUCCUGGCGCCGAGACUGGUGAAUCAGAAACUCUUUGAUGAGCUCUGUCCUGUCAAGCAGUUCCACAGACGAAGGAAAUACUGCGUGCUGUUGAUUACAGGCGACGACGAGAGCUUUUCUUCAGGGAACCGCGCCUUUCUGUCUUUCGCGUCUAGCAACACCAGGGAAGUUGUGAGAUUUGCUUAUGUUUACCAACAGCUUCAGCAACCGCUUUGUAACAUCCUGAUGACCGGCAAGGAGAGUGCACAUGCAUCAUUGCCACCGCAGGUGGUGAUCCUUGAGAGGCGCAAUUCUGCCGGGAAGGCCUUUUUCAAGCCAGUGACCACUUGGAACGGCAGCGAAAACGAUAAGCAGCGCCUUGUGGAAGAGUUGGAGCGACUCCAGAAGGACCCGUCCAUUCUGAUCCAUGACGCCAUGCUGCCUGAGCUCAAUAACGAGUUUGCAUCUAUGUUUGUCAUCCAGUGGAUCUAUGCAUUUUAUGGUUAUCUCUCUGAAGUCAUGGAUGACAUUCUGCACAACAACUGGCGUGAGAUGAUGCCUUUGUUGUCCCUCAUCUUUUCGGCCCUAUUCAUCCUCUUUGGAACUGUGGUCAUCCAAGCGUUCAGUGACUCAAGUGACGAAAACUCCCCAAAACCCAAAGCAAAAGAUGGAACUAAAACAGGAAAUGAAUCACCAGGGAGCGGAGCUGCCCGGCCUCCGAGGAAGAACUUCGUGGAGGUGACGGAGUUGACUGAUAUCACCUACAUCAGCAACCUGGUGAGGUUGAGACCAGGGCACAUGAACAUUGUGCUGGUGCUGGCAGAUGCCUCCAAGAACAUUCUGCUGAGCAAGUUUGCCAAAGAGGUCUAUUCUUUCACAGGGAGCCUGACACUGCAUUUCUCCUUCCUGAAUACGGACAAGCACGGCGAGUGGAUGCGCACGCUACUAGACGGCGCGCAGGACGCCGCCCAGAUCUACGCCUGCGAGGACGACGACGCCAACGGCAAUACGGACUACGCCGGCUACGUGCUCGCGCUCAACGGCCACAAAAAGUACUUCUGCCUAUUCAAGCCCGUCUACACCGGCGAAGACCCGGACGGCAAGACAGCGGAGGACGAUUCGACGAGAAAGUCCAGAGGGGCUUCUCGUGAGGAUCACCCGCCGCGCAAAUCGGCCCGUUGUCGCAGCACGUCGACUCUGCAGAUCCACCACAAGCUGGACCGCUUGGGCUUGUGGAUGGAAAGGCUAAUGGAAGGCACCUUACCCCGUUACUACAUCAUCGCCUGGCCGGGACUAGACAAGAUCACUCCCGGGAAAUAG